AUGGGCGAUCAAUACGAGGAAUAUACAACACCAGAUGGACAGAACAUCACGUAUAUACAGUAUAUCCAUCCAAAUGAUGGACAAGCAGAGCAAAUUAACUUUAUUAUCCCAAAUAAUCACAUUUUAAAGCAAGAACAAAAUGAUCCAGAAAUAUUGGAAGAAACUUUUGAAGAAUACAUUGAUAUGUCUGAGGAUAAUAAUAUAAUGGCAGUAGAAGUGCUCGAGUCAGUUGUUAAUAUAGGAAAGAAAGGAUUUCAAGUGAAGGAGGAAAGCUUAACAAGAGAGCUUGUCCAAAUAUCUGAUUCCAACAAGCCAAAAGGAAGGAAGCGCUUAAUAGCAGAUCAGACUAGAGCUAUUAGAAAGUUGAGAGCAAAUACAAACAAGCCGUACAUCAAUGCAAAAGGAAGAGAAGUGACGCCAAAAGCCUUUGAUGACAGCUUUGUAUGUACAUGUCCAAAAAAAUGCACAGAUCCUAAAAAGCUGACAUUCAAAGUUCGCAAGCAAAUCUUCAAUAUGUUCUGGAGUAUUGGUUCAUAUGAAGGUCGAUGUGCUUUCCUGAAUUCCUGUGUUAAUGAAGCUCCCAAAAAGAAGCAAUACACUAAAGCUGAGAAUAGUCGUCGAAAAAAUACUCGUCGUUACUUUCUUAAAGGCGUCGAAGUCUGUAAAUUGACAUUCACAAAGACCCUACAAAUUUCAAACUCAAGAAUUGACGUGUCUCUUGCUAAAAUGGAAAAUGAAAGCUUUAAUGAUGAACGAGGCAAAAAGAAGCGUAGAAAGCACGGAUUUGGAGAAGAAACGCAAAACGCUGUUAUUGAGCACAUAAAGAAUAACUUUAAUUCAGAUACAAGUUUGCGUGGUUUAUGGAAUGCCUAUCAAACUACGCAUGAAGAUAUACCCGUAUCAGAAAGCUAUUAUAAGAGAAUUUUUUAUGAGAACUUCAACUUGAAGGUACGAAAGAUAUCAAAGAUUAAGGAGGAAUUGGAUGAUAUUGAUGACUCUGAUUAA